AUGAAUUGGUGGUAUAUAUUCCCAUUUUUAUUCUUACAACAACUAAUCAAAGCAAAACCAGAACCAAGUCAAUUAAUUCAAACAAUAAAAAUCCAUCAAAAUAAAUUUUAUGAAUCUACAACAAAAAAUCAAUUUUUCAUUCGUGGAAUAGCAUAUCAAAAAACUCGUCAAGAAGGAGAAAUUUAUGAUACAACAAAGGAAACAAAUUAUAUUGAUCCAUUAAGUAAUCCUUUUACAUGUUUAAGAGAUUUGGAGAAUCUUGUUGAAUUAAAUAUUAAUGUAGUUAGAAUUUAUCAAAUUAAUCCCCUUGCGAAUCAUGAUGUUUGUAUGAAUGCUUUUGCUUCUGAAGGUAUAUAUAUAAUUGCAGAUUUAUCUGAACCUUUUAUUUCGAUAAAAAGGGAUUCACCUCAUUGGGAUACUGAAAUUUUUAAAAGAUAUAAGUCUGUAGUUGAUUCAAUGUCAAAAUAUAAUAAUGUUUUAGGAUUUUUUGCAGGUAAUGAAAUUGCAAAUUCUCAACUGAAUAUUGAUUCUGCUCCUUUUAUAAGAAGUUCAAUUAGAGAUAUAAAGAAAUAUAUUAAUGAUAUGGGAUAUAGAAAAAUUCCUAUAGGUUAUGCAUCAAAUGAUGAUACAGUAAUUAGAUCAAAUUUAGCAAAUUAUCUUGUUUGUGAUUUACCGAAUGAUGAAGACAACGAGUUAAGUAAAAUAGAUUUUUUUGCAAUUAAUAAUUAUGAAUGGUGUGGUUAUUCAACUUAUGCAACAUCAGGAUAUAAGGAUUUAAAUUUAGAAUUUAAUAAAUUUCCCACCCCGAUUUUUUUCAGUGAAUUUGGUUGUAAUUUAAUUCAACCAAGACCUUUCACUGAAAUUGAAUCUAUUUUUAAUAAAAAUAUGAAAAAAAUUUGGUCUGGUGGUAUUAUGUAUGAAUAUUUUGAAGAAAUUAAUCAUUAUGGUUUAAUAUUGAUAAAAAAGGAUCAACUGAUAUUAAAAUUACCAGAUUUUGAAAAUUUAAAAUCAAAAUAUAAUGCAAUUGACGACGAAAAUCCUGUUCAAGUUGACUUGAAUGAGCAGAUAGAAUUAAAUAAUGUUAAAUGUAAUGAUUUAAUAUCAGAUACUUGGAAUAUAGCAACAAAUUUACCACAAACUCCUAAUUCAUUAAAAUGUGAUUGUUUAUAUAAUUCAUUAAAAUGUAUAAUUUUACCAAAUUCCCAAAAUUCAUUUGAUGAAGAAGAAUUUAUAAAAAAUUUAUGUUAUAAAAUUGAUUGUUUUGAAAUAAAUUGUAAUGGAAAAAUUGGUCAAUAUGGAAAAUAUAGUGAUUGUUCACCAUUAAUUAGAGCUUCUUUUGCUUUAAAUCAAUAUUAUUUACAAACUGGUGAAAAAGAAGAAAUUUGUACUUUACAAAAUAGAGGUGAAUUACAAAAUCAGAGUUUACUGAAAGAUCAAGAAGAUAUUUGUUUUAAUUUAUUAAAUGAUGAAAUUGAUUCAAAUGAAAAAACUAUAAAAUUUCAUAAUGAGAAAGAUGUUAAAAUUGAACCUAAUAAAUCUAGUAAUGAAUCAUUAGAAUCAUCUGAAAUUAUUGAACCAGAACUUUUAAAUCCACCACCAAUUAAUCGGAAAUCGAAAAAGAAAAGUAUUGGUAAUAAAUUAUCACCAAAAAGACUAAUAAGUUCAAUUUUCCAUGUUUGUAUUUUGUAUUUUGUCUUAAUGAGAUAA